AUCAAUACAAAAAACGACAUUUUUGGACGUUAAAAUCAAGGCCAGGGCCAACUGACCAAACGCAUAUGUCUUUUCAACGUCCAUUGACUUCUGUACUCACUGGGUGUAAUAUCUUUGGUUUCACCAUGCUCAACAUGAUGGUGGACGGCUGCGAUUUACGAUGUGUUUCCGUGACCAAGUUUGAUUUCAUUCACUUCUGGGCGUCAUCGAUUCAUAUUCUAUAGCUUGUGUUUAAACUUCACUUUGAUCAAAAAGACGGGGAAAUGUCAGAUGACAACAGCACACACGUUCUCAACAUGACCGCAUGUGAAGGAAUUAACCUUCGUUUUACGCACAGAUUUUUACCUGCUGUGUUCAUGCUGGUGUUUGUCGUCGGGACAUUUGCAAACUUCUGUGGGUUAAAAACUGUUUGUACAAGCUGGAAGAAAAUUGGGAGUAUAAACAUAUUCAUCCUCAACCUUGGAAUAGCUGACUUGCUGUACUUAUUUACCUUACCAUUUUUGGUUGUCUAUUACGCGCUAAACAGUAAAUGGAUAUUUGGACAAACAUUCUGCAAGAUCACCAGAUUCUGCUUCAAUUUGAAUCUCUAUGGCAGCAUUGGGUUCCUGACAUGCAUUAGUAUCUAUCGAUACCUCGGUAUUGUGCACCCAAUGAAAGUGAUGGGAAAAAUCCACACUCGCCACUCAGUCGCAAUGAGUUUUCUUGUCUGGAUUUUGGUUUUCAUUCAGAUACUUCCCGAUAUGUUCUUUGACAAGACAGCGCAAAAUUCCUCAUAUUCGUGCUAUGACUCAACAGCCGACGACUUUAUCAAGGAUUACCUUCCGUACAGUAUUGGCUGGACCAUUACCGGAUUCGUUAUACCAUUACUGAUCAUUCUGGCUUGCUAUGGACAUAUAGUAGUGGUCCUUGCCACCAAAGCCAAUGUCAAUACUUUGUUGAAACAACGAUGUCUAAAACUAGUCAUCAUCUUGACUGUGUUGUUCUCAAUUUGCUUUAUCCCUUAUCAUGUUUUGAGAAAUCUAAAUUUGAAAAUAAGGAUUUUGAAAAUGGAAGGCACCUGCAAAGCAAGCUUCGAUGAUAUUUAUGUUGCUCAUCAAAUCAGCCGCGGUCUGGUUUGUAUGAAUAGCGCAAUCAAUCCGUUAAUUUAUUUAGUUGGAAAUGAUGAUUUCAUAAUGCGUUUUCAUAAUCUCAGCAAACAAGCCAGGAUGUCUCUUGUUCAAUGGACUGGUGCUGUGAUUUACCGCAACACACCCGAGGCAGAUCCAGCAACAGAAGAAUCUUAACCAGUAAACUUUGACCAGCUAGUUAUUUAAAACCUAAACUUGACUGUCAGCUAUUCUAGUAUUUGAUGUUGUCUACGCCAUUAUUGUACCAAAGGCCUGUAAGUAUGUACAUAUGCUAUUCUUUACACUUUAUGUAUCAUUCUCAGAGUAUUUUAUUGUGUAAACGUGAGAUCCUUUUUGUGGUUGAAUGCCCUUGUGUACAGUGAAAUAAUGUGCCAUGCAUUUAGUCAGUGAUAUGCAGAGCUAACUACUGGUUUCCAUAACUAUCUUAGAUAAAAAUGUGUAAAUACCCUUGUGUAAAGUGAAAUACUGUUCCAUUCGAUUAGUCAGUGAUAUGCAGGGAUAUGUCCCUGAAAUAAACAUCAACUCAAUAUGCAUUUCAGAUAUUGCAUAAUAAUUCCAUGCAUUCCAGCAGCUUAUUACACAUAGCCUACCAGAUGGAUUAUUUAUCUCUGUUGUCCAUAAAUAAUAAAAAGGUAUCAAGCUCAAA